AUGGUAGAAGGAACAACUAGGACAGAUAUCAGCCUUCAAGUCGGAGAAGUCCCAACCCAGCCUGGCGUCCAAGCUUACAUCCACUUAACAACUGGAGACAAUCUUUCAGCUAAAGCCAAAGAAACUGUAGCUGCUGAAAUUGGAUCAGCCCCUCAAGACUUCAAUGCUUACGUCGUCAUCAACUGUUCCUCAGCUGAAGGAGCUGAAGAGGUCAAAGGUCUCUUACUCCUUAAAAUAAAAUAAAAUUAGUUCUCAACAUUUUAUUAAGCUCUUUUAUUGGAUUUUUGAUUUUUACUAAUAAUAUAAAUGAUUUAACUAGGCAGAUUAGCUAAAGUCUGGACUGGAAUUUCCUCCGGAUCUGCUGAAGAUGAUGUUUCAAAAGCUCUUAAUGCCUUACUCGUUUCAGACGCCCCUCACUUCAACCCAGAAAUCGCUGUUCACGGAACCAAGGUUGUUGUCCGCGGAGUCCCAAGCGAAGCUAAACAAGCUGAAUUCUCAGGAAUCCAAGAAAUGGUCAGAGGAAUGGCUGGACACGUCUUUGGACAUGAUCAGACAAUUCAUCUUGAAUUCGAUAUUGGCCACGAAAUCGGAGCAAUCCUCUUAAGCGAGAACAAAAUUGUUGACGCUUUGAACUCCUUGAGACUUAGCUUUGCCUUCCACGGUGCAUCAACCCUUGCUUCUGAUUUAUUAGGAGUUGCUGAAGGUCUAAAUGCAGACACCACCAUCCUGAGAGCUCUUAGAGUCCUCACUGUCUACCAAAGUGCUGAUCUCCAAUUGAAAUUCAGAUCUGCAAGCCAAUUACCUGACUCUGUCAAAGAGAAAGCACAAAGAGUUGCAGCAAAAGCUAACCUUGCUGAAUUAAAGGGACAAGCUCCUCCUCAAGUAGUCAGCUUCCUUGGAAAACUCUCUGAGCACACCACUGGAGAUUUACACGUCUUUGUUUCAGCUGGAAGACUUACUGCUGAAUUCAAGCUCCACGCCCCUGGCCUCUUACGCGCUCUUUCAGCCUAA